AUGUUGGAGGUGGGCUUAAGGGUUGUAAGAGGCUAUGAUUGGAAAUGGAAAGAUCAGGACAAUGGAGAAGGUCAUGCUGGUACUAUAGUAGAAAUUGGGAAACCACCUUCGCCUCCAGCAAAUGCAACAACUUCCAACACAAAUCCUGCAGACAAAACACCCGAUAAAACUGUUAUUGUUCAGUGGGACCAUGGAUCUAGAAGUAACUACAGAAUUGGUUACCAAGGUUAUUAUGAUUUACUCGUAUUCGAUAACGCUGCUGCUGGUGUCCAGCAUAACAAUAUAAUUUGCGAUGGAUGUAAAAGACAUGGUAUCGUUGGUAUCAGAUGGAAAUGCGCACAAUGUCACGAUUAUGAUCUUUGCACACAAUGUUACAUGGGUGAUAUACAUGAUUUGAAUCAUAUUUUCCAGAGGUUUCAGACAUCUAAUGCAGUAGGAGUCCAAUUGACUCCUAGAAAAGGUUGUACAAAAAUACCGUUGAAAGGUAUUUUUAUUGGAGCUAAAGUUGUACGAGGACCAGACUGGGAAUGGGGAAAUCAAGACGGUGGGCCUGGAAAAACCGGACGAGUUAUUGAUAUUCGUGGAUGGGAUAAUGAAAGUAGUCGCUCAGUAGCUACUGUAACAUGGGCAUCCGGUAGUACUAAUGUUUAUCGGCUUGGUUACAAAGGUUGUGUUGAUCUUUGUUAUGUUGAACACGGAACAAAUGGAACUUAUUACAAAGAACAUUUACCAGUUCUUGGUCAAUCAAUAAAGACAAUGACUGAAGAAAAUAAUGGCACAAGUCAAUCUGACGAUUUAGGUCAAUUAACAUUUAAUGUUGGUGAUAAAGUUAAAGUAUUACGAGAUGUCGAUGUACUAAAAGAAAUGCAAGCUGGUCACGGUGGUUGGAAUCCCCGGAUGGCUGAAUACAUUGGCAAAGUUGGUACUGUUCAUCGAAUAACUGAUAAAGGUGAUGUACGUGUACAAUAUGAAGGAUGUAAUAAUAGGUGGACAUUUCAUCCACGAGCUCUGAUCAAAGUUACAAGCCAAGAUACAUUUGUUCUUGGUGAUAUUGUAAGAGUUAAAAAUGAUGCUGCAGCUAUAAAAAGCUAUCAACAAGGUCAUGGUGAAUGGAUUGAUGUUAUGAAAAGUGCAUUGGGAAAACUUGGAAAAGUUAUUAAAAUUUACCCAGACGGUGAUCUUCGGGUUACAUUGGAAGGUCAUACUUGGACGUUUAAUCCUCUUAGCGUGGUUAAAAUUGCCAGCGGCCAAGAAGUGGCGGGUCAUACUGACGGUCAUCGUUUACAACAGGAACCUGUAUCUAACGAUGUGACGGUAGAAGUUGAAAAACUUCUUCGCGACGCGGCUAGAGGAGAAGCUGGCUUAACUGCUGUUAGAGAAUUUCUUAAAAAAUACUCUGGUAACGUUGAUAUUUGUAGUGGUAAAAAAACAUUUUUACAAGUCGCUGCACAUCAAGGAAAUCGUGAGUUAUGUAUUCUUCUUCUCGAUGCUGGUGCGUCUUUAAAAGCUAUUGAUGAAGACGGUGAUCCACCAUUACAUUAUGCUGCUUUUGGAAAUCAGCCUGGUAUAAUGGAACUGUUAUUAAGUAGAGGAGCACCUAUUGAUGCGGUAAACAACAGUUUAUGUACCGCUCUUCAUGUUUCCGUUAACAAAGAAAAUUCAGCAUGCGUACAGGUUUUGUUGCGUCACGGCUGUAAUGUUAAUCUUCAAGAUUCUUAUGGUGAUACUGCUUUACAUGAUGCUAUUAGUAAAGAAACUGACAUUAUGUAUGCUUUGAUAAAUUAUGAUUCAGUAGACUUUACCAUACGAAAUAAACGUGGGUUCAAUGUUUUGCAUCACGCUGCAUUGAAAGGAAAUGCACUUGCAACAAAAAAGCUUAUGAGUCGAAUUCAACAUCUUGUUGAUGUAAAAAAAGACGAUGGAUUUGCUGCACUACAUUUAACUGCACUCAAUGGUCAUCGAGAAGUUGCAGCAAUAUUAUUAUCAAGAACUGGUGGACGGGCAACUGUAGAUCUUAGAAACAACCGGAAACAGACUCCAUUGCAUUUAGCUGUGUCUCAAGGUCACUGGUCUUUAGUUGAAUUACUCUUACGGCACAAUGCGGAUAUAUUAGCAACAGAUGAAGACGGCGACACAGUUCUCCACAUAGCUAUAGCUAAAUGCCGUCAUCAUGCUGCCACAUCACCAACUUCAGAUAGCCGUCGUGACGCGCCUAUAAUUAAUGCUAUUUGGGAAGAUCUAGUAAGCGCAAAUGCUCCAACAGAAUUAGCACUUGCAUGUUUUCUUGUCAGUGUAGAAAAUCAUGGUCCAUUUUUAAUGCAAGUUAAAAAUUCUAAAGGGAAAAUACCGUUAGAUCUAAUGCCAUUAGAACGAUCGGAUAUUAAUUUUGCCGAUUUAUUCCGAUCGUACUUUUAUUUCCGCCGAAGAAAUGGCCCCGAACUUGAAAACAGCAAUGCGUCUGGCAAUGUUGAACCACCAAGUUAUACUAAUACUUCUGUUACCGAUGACAUAAGUGAGGAAUGCACAAAUGGUCCAUCAGUUUCAUCAACUGAUCGGAUUUUGAAUAAAAAAGAAGUCCCAGUGAAAAAUGAAGAUAGCUUACAGGAUGAAGAGGUAUCUAAAAAAGUAGAAAAAAAGGAGAGAGAAAAGGACAAAGACUUAGAGAGAUUGCGUUUUCUCGAGACAAGAGUCGCUGAUCUUGAGGAAGUUAAUAUGUGCAGUAUUUGCAUGGAACGAAGGCGCAAUGUUGCAUUUCUUUGCGGUCAUGGUGCAUGUGAAAAUUGCGCAGCUCCACUAAAGACAUGCCACAUGUGUCGAAAAACUAUUACCAAAAAAAUCAAUCUUUAUUAA